AUGGCAACUUUAAUAAUAACUACUCAAAAAAAGUUUAUCAAAAUCUCAUCACCAUUAUCACCAUUAUUACAACAAAAUAUGUCUCCUUGCUGCUUAACGACAAAGUUGUCCUCAUUAUCACUACGUCGACAAAGCUCUCGUAAUUAUUUCGUUGUGCAUUCUCCGUCAUCUUUACAAGUGUCCUCUUCUUCGUUAAAUAAUAGUAUUUCACAGCAAAAGAAGAGUUUCAGUUUAUUGAAUAGAACAGCAACAGUAAUAGUGCCACCUCACCUAAGGCAAAAAAUGCCAAAACAGCAGUCUAGACACGCGAACACAUCUAUUCGAUUAAGAUAUGAUGAUUUCGGGAUAAUAGAUCCAUUCUCACAACCUGCAAAAAUGCCAUCGCCACUCAAGCCAUUAUUUUACUACGUUAUAUAUAGGCGUCUAUCGAAUUUUUUCAAAAAUACGUUCAAUGUCGGCUUAAUGUACCUCGCAGAGCGUAAAUCUAAAAAUGUUGAACGGUGGAAUCCGAUAAGGUUUAAAAAAAAUGCACUAGAUAAGUACAAAGAAAUGAACUUGCACUAUGCUGCAGGAAAUCUCAAAGCAUUAUCGAAAAUCUGUCACGAACAAAUGACACUUAAAAGCCAGUUAAAGCAACGGACUAUUGGUAAUUACAUAUGGGAAUUUUUGGACUUGGUGGAUCGACCAAAGAUUGUGAAUAUCCGGUCGGUGCAGUUAGGUGCAUAUGCUGAGCUUACUUUGCAACAGGUGAUUGUGAGGUUCCAUUCUGAACAGAACGGUAAAUUAAUAGGUGGUGGCCCAACAAAAUACUACAAAGUUCUCGAACAUGUCGUAUUCCAACGAUGUCUCUGGGAAAAUGAACCUAAUUGGUUAAUCUAUGGAUAUUACUUUUUGCCGAUGCCACAACUGCCACCCCUGCCACCCGACUAUAUAUUAGGCAAAGGAACCGCGGAAGGUGAAAGUACCUACAAGAAAAUUUUAAAUAAGGUUCUUG